GGAGGGGGCGGCGGGCGGCAGACGCCUGGAGACCUUCUCAGAGGGCGGAACCGGAGCCCAGCGCAGUCCCCAGCCCUCGCCAGCCCGCGCCCCGUCCGCGCUCCUCCGCCCCACCAUGGCCCGAGGUCCGGGCCUCGCGCUGCCGUGGCCGUCGCUGCUGCCGCCGCUCCUGCUGCUGGCGGCGGUGAUCGGCCACGCGGCCGCGCAGGACAACUGCACGUGCCCCACCAACAAGAUGACCGUGUGCGAACGGAGCGGCCCGGACGGCCGCUGCCAGUGCCGCGUGCUCGGCUCGGGCCUGGAGGUCAACUGCUCCACGCUCACGUCCAAGUGCCUGCUGCUCAAGGCGCGCAUGAGCGCCCCGAAGAGCGGCCGCGCGCUGGUGCAGCCGAGCGAGCACGCGCUCGUGGACAACGACGGCCUGUACAACCCGGACUGCGACCAGCAGGGCCGCUUCAAGGCGCGCCAGUGCAACCAGACGUCCGUGUGCUGGUGCGUGAACUCGGUGGGCGUGCGCCGCACGGACAAGGGCGACCUGAGCCUGCGCUGCGACGAGCUGGUGCGCACGCACCACAUCCUCAUCGAACUGCGCCGCCGCACGGACGGCCGCGCCUUCAACCACUCGGACCUGGAUGCCGAGCUGCGGCGGCUUUUCUGGGAGCGUUACCUGCUGCACCCCAAGUUCGUGGCGGCCGUGCACUACGAGCACCCCACCAUCCAGAUCGAGCUGCUGCAGAACACGUCGCAGAAGGUCGCCGGCGAGGUGGACAUCGCCGACGCCGCCUACUACUUCGAGAGGGACGUCAAGGGCGACUCGCUGUUCCCCGGCCACCGCGGCCUCGACGUGCGCGUGCGCGGAGAGCCCCUGCUGCUGGAGCGGACGCUCAUCUACUACCUGGAUGAGAAGUCCCCCCAGUUCUCCAUGAAGCGCCUCACCAGCGGCCUCAUCGCCGUCAUCGUGGUGGUCGUGGUGGCUCUGGUCGCCGGCGUGGCCGUCCUGGUGAUCACCAACCGGAGGAAGUCGGGGAAGUACAAGAAGGUGGAGAUCAAGGAACUGGGGGAGAUGAGAAAGGAACCGAGCUUGUAGGUACCGACGGGGUGGGGUGGGGUGGGGUAUCGGAUUUCAGCAAGGUCCCAGACGCAAGUGAGUCACGCUCCUUGAUUCUUGGUCCCAAGGAGGCCUUUCUCCCCCCAAAUUCCUGCCGCCCCCCGCCGCCACCAAAUUUAAUAGAUCCUGUUCUCGGGGUCACUUCUUUCUGACUUUUGUCCCGAAGGAAGCAUUUCUAAAAUUCCUCCCCUUUCGGUCCAACCAGAACCCUGACUCGAAGAGUUAAGGGAAGUUUGGCAUAAGGUUAUGUAUAAGGAUCAAGUGUUUGUAUGACAACUCAGCAUCGUUUACGUGUGACUCAAAAUCAAUGCUGAAGGCUAAAUGCGUUUAGAUGGGAAACAGCGCUUUUACUGUCUUGGGUUUAAGUUAUUUGAUUAGCUCCACUUGUAUUGUGGCUUUCCUGAUGAGGAGUUCGCUACUUGGGCCCGUGUAGUAUCCUCAUUUACCAUCGUUUGUACUGAUAUUACCGACCACACAUGUUUGUCAUCGGGAAAGAAGCCUGUUUCAGCUGCCUGAACACGUUUUAGAUGUCUUUGUUUGCCGGCAGACUUCGGCCCAGAAACUCAGCAUCUGUUCUUCAACUUGCCCUUAUUACAGCUGAUACUAGUAAUGUUUCUUUUGUAAAAUGUUUGUAUAUAGGUUGUCUUUGAUAAUGCUGUUGUGAUUUUUAAAAUAAAAAGAAAAAGAAUGUAAUAAAAUAUGAAAAA